AUGGCCAGGAGACUGCCUUUGGAAGGCAAGGUCGUCCUGGUUCAUGGCGUGGACCCAGGGGCUGUUCGGUGCAUAGAUGCUGAAGAUGACAGACCGGUCCCCGAUGUCAAUGGCUUGACCGGGCUGGCUGUCGGCUUGGCGUCGGGAAGCGCCCGGCACUAUGCCGUCUACUUCUGGGAUAUAGGGAUGUCGGUUGCGAUACUUCCCGAGAAUCUUCAAGAAAGUGUACCGCCUUUGCCAGAGGAAGGUGGCUUCGAUUUGGUCUUCCCAGCUGCAGAGCCAGAAUCCAUGCUGGACUUCGGCCUCGCAUUAGGCGAGAUCGUCGAAGCCAGGGGAUGGGCCGUAGUGCAGCUCUCCCAUGCCGACACUCUGUGCGAGGCAGCAUGUCGGGAAGCGAGGUCUCUGCGUCGUUUCGCAGGUUUGCGCCAGGAGCUGAUCCCUGACUACCUCGGACAUGGAGUACGAGGAAAGGUGCAGUUCCUCUCCGGACAGCGUGGCCGGGAGGAAGUGAACCUUCAUCGCUUUGAAUCUGACUUCAACGUGGUGGCGCAGGCUGUGGCAGCCAACUCGUGGCACAACAUGGGUUUUCGUAGUGUUGGGGAGAGAUCCCCAACUUUGUUGUGGGUGCCGUAUGCAACACGCCGUGAAGAGUUCUCGAUGGAAGGAGACCCUCUGAAUGAUGACGACAUUGAGGAGGGUCACCUGGAGGAACACUUGCAAUUUCUGCGACGUCGCCGGCUUUGCUGCAUGCUGUGGCUUGAAUCAGAUAGCGGCGAGAUCAGACUGACUCCCGGACCACGGAGGCCUGAGCGAGCGGUGUCCCUGCCCAUUGGAAGACGCAAGCUCUUAGUUUAUCGGGGCGACCGCAUGACAUUUUCCUACAAACCUUCUGGAAGGUUUGUUGUUUUACAAAGCUGGGUCCUGGAGCCUCCUGCCAAGUUUCAGGUUGGCAAGCUGGAAGGACAUCCAAUGAUGAAGGCGGAGGCUAUGGGAAUCAUGAGCGGGCGGCCACACCCAGAGGGAGACCGUGUGCACAUCAUGAGUGUCAUGUGCCGCCUUCCCGGAGGAGGUAGUGGACCGGACCAGUACUGGUCCAUGUUGCUGGACGGGACGGAUGGGAUGCUGUCUAUUCCGUCGGGGAGGUGGGACACCGAAUUAUACUGCACAAAGGAGGGAGAACACGAUGCGCCUGGCAAGUGUUACACCAUCCAUGGAGCCUUUGUUGCGAACGAAGAAAUUUUUUCCUUUGACAAUACCUUUUUCGACAUUCCGCAAGAGGAAGCCAUGUUCAUGUCCCCAAGUCAGCGCGUCGUCAUGGAAGAUGGAUACACGGUUCUUUUCCGCGGUGGCUACAACAAGGAAAGCCUUCGAGGAAGAAGCAUCGGCGUGUUUUUAGGUGACACUGGUUCCGACUGGUCGCCAUUCAAUCCGGCCGAACAUGUCAUCUAUCGAGGGCAGGAGAGACGGACUGUGACUGGUCUACACGCCACCGCUCUGACUGGACACAACACCUCAGUGGUGCCAUGCAGAUUGUCUCAUGCACUGGAUCUGGUCGGUCCUUCCAAUACCGCUGACACAGCUUGUUCUUCGUCACUCGUUGCAACCGGGGUUGCAAUGCAGUGGCUGCGACCGCGAAACGUGGGGCAGCUGGAGCAUUUGAACGUUGGCAGGUCAAAAGAGAUCGAGGAGCUCCACUCGUUGAUUUCUCAACACCUGCGCUGUGCUGCAGUUCCGGGCUAUGUGAUCGAGUCUGUGGAAAGGAGUUUGGAGAAGGCGCUUCGAUCUGAGCCGAACUUCAGCAGCCACUUGCUGCAACGGUUUCAUCAGCUCCCUACUCAGCACGUGGAGCCAAAGGCCACGGAAUGCAAGAAGGCAUGCUCUGCUCGCAACACUUCCGGCCAUGCAGCUGCCUCGCACUCCACUCUGUUCUUAACAAGGUACAUCGACGAAUUGUUCGCGGCUGUUCGAAACGCUGAUGCUCGAGGGGACACACCUCUCAUGGAGCUUCUGCGGCACGAUUUCUGGGGCAACUCAUUACAAGGUGGUUGGACUCAUAAGUCCUAUCGGCCGUUGGUCGUGCUCUCUUAUGUGGCGCAGUAUUGGUUGAAUUCUUGGGAUUUCAAGCCGCAGCCGCUGCGUGCCUUCAACGUUGCAGUUCAUGCCGCCAACUGUCUCUUGCUUGUUCUUGUGCUCCGGCGACUGAAGGUCGCAGAGUGUGCCGCGUUUCUGGCCGCUGGUCUCUUCGCUGUUCAUCCUGUGCAUGCGGAAAAUGCGAUCUAUCUGGUAGGGCGAGCUGACUCGAUGGCCACGUGCUGUUGGUUGCUUGCCUGCUUGUCUUGGAACCCACUUCAGCGGCGUGGGAUGGUUUCCCACACGUGGCGUGUGAGCUUGGUAACUGUCCUUGCAGUGUUGGGCGGGUUUUGCAAAGAAAGUGGCUUCUGCGUCUUGCUCCAUCUCGCAGUAGUUGAACUGUUGGGGCCUCGCCCCUUGAGUGGCUCACUUCCCCUCGUUGGUGCUUUCUGCGCUGUGUUUCUCGGACGAAACUGGAUAACUUCAGGCACAUCGGCUGGCUUCUCGUUCGUGGAUGCACCUGUCCAAUACCGGAGCGAUCCGCUCGUGCGGUCGGCUACCUAUCUUUAUUUCCAUGCCAAGUAUGCGCAGCUCAUGGUAUUUCCGUGGGUCCUGUCCUGGGACUAUUCGUACAAUGCCUUGCCAGACCUGGCAGGUACUUGGCAGGACCUUCGGAUGCUCGCCAUCCUUGCUGCAUACCUGAGUUUGUUGUCUCUGGCUGCAUGGGCAUUUGCGAAGAGGAGGCGAUUGGUGUUGAUUGGUCUCAGCAACAUGAUUAUACCGUUUGUUCCCGCCUCCAACCUUUUCUUUGUUGUUGGUGUUACGGUCGGCGAGCGCUUAUUGUAUCCCUGCAACAUUGGCGCAGCAAUCGUCAUCGGCGCGAUGUGUACGCCGGGCAAAAUGCCUGAGAUUCAUGCGGAGGGUCCGGUGGUUCAACGGCCAGUGGAGGGACACGCUAAGUUUCGCUGGUUCAAGAUGCUGCUCGCCGCUAUGCUCAUCGUUUUCGCCGUCCUCGCGAGGAUGCGGACCUAUCAAUGGUCUUCACGUGAGCUCCUGUUCGGUGCAGAUGCAAAGAGUUACCCGCAGUCCACCAAGGCGCGCCACCAGUUCGGGACAGUGCUGCACAAGAUGGAACGCUUCGACGAGGCAUUGUUCCAUUUCGAGGCUGCUGAGCAAAUCUAUGACGGCACUGGGCUCACGCAGUAUUGCAUCGGCCAAAUCCUGCUGGAAACGGGCCGUGCCAGAGAGGCUGAGGAGAAGUUCCACAAGAUUCUCUCUGGGCAUGCUUUGGGUUUCGGCUCUCACAACAUCUUCUCGCUGUACAUCGACUAUGGUUUCUCUCUGGUUCUGCAGCAGCGGUUUGCCGAAGCCGUGGACCCGAUCAAGGAAGGAUUACGCCGCAACGAGGAUGUGCCUUAUGGUCUGAAUGCCCUCGGCUACUCCUACCUGAACGUCGGAAAGAUGCAAGAAGCUCUCGAGGCCCUGGAGCUCGGCCUCAAGUACGAUCCAACAAACGCUUACCUGGAGAACAAUUUGGGUGUCGCCAAUGUUUACUCAGGGCAGCUGAACGAGGGUGCAAUCCGCAUUGCGAGAUCAGCUCAGCUGGAGCCCGGCGUGGCUGCAUUUGCACACAAUGUUGUUCUUCUGCGAGAAAUGGCGGACACUGGCAAGUGGCCGGCGAAGCAGUUUGCGCUGCAAGAGGCAGUCGCUGGAGGCAUUUGCUGCCAAAUAGGUCCGGGCACCUACAUUGCCAUGUGCGGACUGCACAUGCUGUCAACAAUGGGAAGAUGUUUCACUUUCAAUGAGAGUGGGGACGGCUAUGCUCGAGGUGAGGGCUGUGGUCUCCUCUACCUGAAAGGCGACGAAUACACUCUGUGCCCGAUGAUACAUGAUGGUGCGGACUACUUGGCAGCAUUUCUGCGGAAUACUGCUGGUCACGUGCUUCCUGCCUGGCUUCGCUUCUUCGACACCGCUGAAGACGGCGAUGGCCAGGUGUCCUUGGAGGAUUUCAUCACUGCCAUGCGAAGGUUGCAGUUUACUGGAGAUGCUGAAGGAAUCUUCACGCAGAUAGACGCAGACGAGUCCGGUUUCCUGACCCUUUACGAGGUGGAUGGGAAAUGCGCUGACCUCUGGGCAGCCUUCCGUGCCUGGUGUGCUGAGACAUUCUCCAGUACUGAGGAUAUGGUUGCUCAGCUUCGUGGGACCAUUGUCGACUUGGGCCCUCCCGAGGGGGAGCGCCGAACCUUCAAGAAGCAGAGGAGCGCCGUACCUCCCAUCGAAGCCACCUUCAUCAAGGAGCAGUUCCUAGAAAAUGCCCCGCGGCACGGCUGGUAUGGUGGAUUCGAAGAAGUUCUUUUUGCUUCCAUUGACCGAAGGCAAAGUGGGUAUGUGACACAAGCUGACCUGCCUUGGUUUGACAAGGCAUUGGAGCAGCACCGACGGCGGAUGCAGCUGCGACCAGCAAAUAGCAGGGCCAACUUGAGUGGUACCGUCUCUCCUCAAGCACUGAAGAAGAAUGCCAUGCAAGCACUCUUGGCAUUCAUGAGCUUCCUGCGAAGCGGCAGCCAGGGUGGAAGCCUAAUGCACUCCUGGCGAUCUGCUCUGGAUCGGGAUGGGUACCUUUACGUUCAGAAAUCUGACAUCAUCAGAGCCUGCUCACAGAUGGGGUGGCGUGGCGAUGUGUCGGCUUUGUGGAGCUGUCUCGAUAUCACAAACGGGCGUGCUUCACUCGAAGAGUUUGGGUUCAAGGAGGCGAGGGCUCUGGCCUUAUUCAGAGAAUGGGCUUUGAAAAUAGCUGGCAGCAUUAAGGAAGCUUGGCAACGGCUUGUUUUCCUGGAGAAGAUGUACCAACGCAAGCUGCGGCAGACAGCCACAAGCGGGGGUUCUUCCACAGACAGCUUGAAUCUUAAGGCGUGGGUGUAUGCAUGCAACAAACUAGGCGGCCAAGACAAGGCCCCGCCCUUCGAUCCGAAGUUUCUCUUUACGGUACUGGAUUGGGAGCCCAAUGAAAAGAUUUCUUGGAGAGAUCUGCGAUUUCUGGAGCUCUGGGAGCCUGUCGGAUGGUUAUCUGAGCAGCCCAAGGCAAGCGAAGCUUUGUCUUUCAAAGUGUCGAUGUUGUCGAAGUAUGGAAAUCACCCGGUCAAGGCCUGGAGGUUAUGCCUUGAUUUGGAUGGAAACGGUCUCUGCAAAUGGUCUGCCUUUAAGCAGGCGGCUGAACGCAUCAACUGGAAGGGAGACUGUGCGAAAGCUUGGCUGGGUUUGGACAAACGAGGCUUGGGCUUCAUUACGCUUUAUGAGAUUGAUGAGGAAGUCGCUGAGAACUUGGCCCUAUUUCGCAGAUGGUGCUUUGCCAACUAUGGUGGAGUCGCGAUUGCAUUCCAUGCUCUGGACACCGACGGCUCGGGAAGCCUCAGUGAGGAAGAGUUUGUGCACGUCAUCGAGGCAUCUUCCUUCAAAGGUGAUGCGCAUGCAGCCUGGAGGUCGUUGAAUCUGGAGGCAAGCGACAUCCUCUCAGAACGGGAGAUGGACUUCCUGGACGACAUGGAGCUAGACAUGCUCACUGCAUACGUCUCUGCGACAGAGGCAGCAGAGGAGCAUGAAGCACAGCAAGCACAGAACGAUGUCGAGCGCAGCGAUCUUGAUUCUCCUGUGAGCGAGAGGCAAAGCAUAGUGGCAUCGGAGCCUUCGCAGGAGUUUCGACCGCUCCUUUCCACGGUGGAAUCUUGCACGGAGCUUGUGCGCAGCCUGGGCCUGCAAGGCAAUCCACAGGCUUCAAGCUCGAGCCUUUCACAGUUCCUUUUCGAUGCAAGUGCUCAUCUCCCGUCACAACCGGAAACGGUCGCUGCCAGUAAAGCUAAGCUUGCGAUGUUGGCUCCAAGUGCAGCAGCACCAGCUGCAGGCUCGGCACAGCAGAGAGAGAGACGGCUCUAUGCAGGUGGCAUUCCAUACAUGUCCAUGAUUGGGCGCCACCUCACGCAGUGA